AUGCCCACGGCGACCUCGUUGACGACUGCGCCCACGCGCCUCACCGCGCAUCCGCCCGCCCUCGCCGUCCCCUUGCUCCGUCCCCAGAACUUCGCCCCGGCUCGUCGCUCCUCGGCACUCGAGCGACGACCCGAGCCUGUCUCGGUCAUGGACCUGGACUCCGACUCGCCGCCUCCCGCCUCAAACCCCCGUGCCUUUGACGCCCACGCCGCCUCGCUCUCUACCUCUGCGUCGUCGGCAUCGCAUUCCCGCCCCCCGGUCUUGGACGUCGGUGCGGCCGCCUCUCACCAUCACCAGCACGGCCUCGCUCAUCAGUUCCCGCCCUCGCGCCUCGACGGCGCCUCCUCCUCCCACGGCAACGUCUCGCCCGGCCACCGCCCCAAGAAGUCGCCCUCGACAUGCAGCACCUGUCGCAUGCGCAAGGUCCGCUGCAACGGCGCUCGCCCCCUCUGCUCCAAUUGCCAGCGCCUCGGCUUCCCCUGCUCCUAUGACGAUGGCGAGUCCGAGGCAUGGGGCCUCGCCCUGCCCCGCCGUCGCGUCAAGCAGGCCUGCCUCAACUGCCACAGCCGCAAGGCCAGGUGCUCGGGCCACGAGCCCUCGUGCGAUCGCUGCCGCGCUCAGGGGCUGGACUGCGUCUACCGGCCGAGCAAGCGCGCGCGAGCCUCGGCGCGUGGAAGCUGUAGCGAUGUCAGGAGCCCCCAGAGUCACGACGACGGCGACAAGGACCGCGACAGGCUCCACGAUGAUGCCCACGACAGCGACGCUGCCCUGACCGACCGCCAGGGCACCGUCACCCCCAGCAACUCCAACCCCGACGUACCCUGUCCCGACGAGUCCCUGGACGCACUCAUCGGUCGCACCCUCGACCAGUACUUUCGCCAUGUCCAUCACAUCCCCAUGUACUCCUUCCUGCAUCGAGCCUCGCUCAUGGAGCAGUACAACGCCGGCAAGGUCGACAAGGCGCUGCUGCUCGCCCUCAUCGGCAUCACCUCGUGCCUCACCGACAUGGGCCCUGGCGUGCGCGAGUAUGGCGACCGCUGCAUCGACAACGCCGAGGCGCUCGUCUUUGCCGACUACAAGCGCCCCUCGGCCUUCAAGGUUCAGGCCCUCGUCUUCAUGAUCAAGCACCGCAUCCUCUCCAACAAGUUCUCCAGCGCCUUUGUCCUCUUUAGCCUCGCCUCCCGCUACGCCGCCGCCUUGCGUCUCAACUACGACAGCCCCAACCUAUGUUUCCUCGCCCAAGAAUCGCGGCGCCGCCUCAUGUGGUCGCUCUACUGCAUGGAUUCAGGCAUAUCCAGCGGCUACCGCGACUUUUCCCUGUGGCGGCCGGAAAAGAUUCACGUGCCGCUGCCCUGCAACGAGCGCAACUUUGAAUUCGACCUGCCGCAGCCCACCGAGAAGCUGGUGCCCGAGUCGGCCGGGCCGCAGCCCCAGCAUCCCGAGGAUGUCGGCAGCAACGCCCUGCACAUCCGCAUCUUUCACACGCGGCAGAAGAUCAGCGAGUUUACCAAGGACGUGCUCGUCAGCCGCAACGUCAACACUACCGAGCUGCAAACCACGGUCCUGUCAUUGCAUAAUGAACUCGAGGACUUUGCCAACCGCCUCCCCGCAUCAUUCCAAUUCUCCGAAAACUCUCUCCGCCUGCGAGCCUACUCGCCCCGAAUAUGCGUCUUCAUCAUGAUACACGUGUGGUGGCGCCAAUGCCACUGCGAUCUCUACCGCAUCGCCCUGUCCGGGUUCCGCGACGCGCUGCCCAAACCGAUCCUCGACUCGCUCGACGACAGCUUCAUCCAGCACUGCCAACGGCAGUGUCUUGACCACUCCCUCGCCAUGGUCAGCAUCUUCUCCACCAUGCAGAAGCUCGGCGCGAAGCCCGUCGCCGAUCUCGACCUCGCGCUGUGUGCGUACCAAUGCGCCCGCAUGCUCAAGUAUGCGUUCCACGUCAACGGCGACAAGUUUGGCCUCACCGCCGACGGCGUCACCGAGCAGGCCAAGGUGUGCCUGCGCACAAUUAAGCAGUGCUGCAAGGGGCCCGCCGCCGCGGCCAUUGUCGCCGAGCUCGAGUCCCUGAUAGCCAGGGGCCUCGGCGCGCCCGCCUCACCAGCCAACAUAUCCAGCCCCGACACCUUUCGGAUCAACGGCAUGCCGAACGGGCAGUCAUCGGGGCGCAACGCCGUGUUGAGGAGCAUCGAGGUUACCGACGACCCAGACGUCGUGUCCCACACCAACGGCAACUUCACCUCGUCGUCCAGCAACAACAACAACAAGAUGACCCGGCUGUCGCUACCCGCCGCCAUGAUAGGUGACCCCUGGGCAGCGGAAAGCACAGGCAACAGCAACAACAACAACGGCAGCAAUAACUUCGCCAGCGUCGCCCCGCCAAUAUCCGACGUGGCCGCCCGCAGCGCAGACGACUACACCACGUCGGAGCUCAACAACGCGUACGAGGGCGCGCUCGACGGGCUGGGGCUCGACAACGGGCUCGACCACGCCAUGGGCAUCGACCUGUCGCCGUGGCCGCCCACGACGAGCGGCGAGUUUGUGUGGCCUGAGUUUCUCAACGGCGGGGUGGGCGUGUAG